CAGGAAAGAUGGAGUAUCCCGCGUUGGGCACCGUCGAGGCCGCGGACAGCGGAGGGGCCCGGCCAUACAACAGCUCGGAGGAGCGAGAAGGCCGGGAACCGGACGGACUGCGCUUCGACCGCGAGAGGGCGCGCCGCCUGUGGGAAGCAGUGUCUGGGGCCCAACCAGUGGGGAGGGAGGAAGUGGAGCACAUGAUCCAGAAGAACCAGUGUCUCUUUACCAAUACUCAGUGUAAGGUUUGCUGCGCCUUGCUCAUUUCUGAGUCCCAGAAGCUGGCACACUACCAGAGCAAAAAACAUGCCAACAAAGUGAAGAGAUACCUAGCAAUCCAUGGAAUGGAGACAUUAAAGGGGGAAACGAAGAAGCUAGACUCAGAUCAGAAGAGCAGCAGAAGCAAAGACAAGAACCAGUGCUGCCCCAUCUGUAACAUGACCUUUUCCUCCCCUGUCGUGGCCCAGUCGCACUACCUGGGGAAGACCCACGCAAAGAACUUAAAGCUGAAGCAGCAAUCCACUAAGGUGGAAGCUCUGUCGAAACGCCUUACAAACCCUUUCCUUAUGGCCUCCACCUUAGCCUUGCACCAGAAUAGAGAAAUGAUAGACCCAGACAAGUUCUGCAGCCUCUGCCAUGCGACUUUCAACGACCCUGUCAUGGCUCAACAACAUUAUGUGGGCAAGAAACACAGGAAACAAGAAACCAAGCUCAAACUCAUGGCACACUAUGGGCGGCUGGCCGACCCUGCUGUCACUGACUCAUCAGCUGGGAAGGGUUACCCCUGCAAGACGUGUAAGAUAGUGCUGAACUCCAUAGAACAGUAUCAAGCUCAUGUCAGCGGCUUCAAACACAAGAACCAUAGCAGCUCUGAAUUAAGACACACACACCACUUUAUGACCGCAGGAAACCUAAUGUCAGGUCACCAAAAACAAUGGCAUCACCCCUGGGCCAGAUUCCAGUGCAAAGGCAGCCCAUUCAGAAAGACCCAGCCACCUUGGAAGAUUAAAGGUGUUUCUGUCCAGCACCCCAGGUUGAACCAGCCGUGAGCCAGCUUCCCGUGACCAUGGUCAGCCCUUGGCUCCCUCUUCCUCCUUUCUUAUACCUGGAGAAUACACAGGCCUCAGGCAGGAGUGGGCCACAGAUAGCCUCUGAUUGGUCCAGGCUAAUCCACCCCUGCUCUUCCCCUUUGGAAUGAGCCCUCUAGGUCAGGACAAGGGAAGGGAGUGGAUCUUGAAAGGACUUGGGGCCUCACAGAAUAGUAGUUUGGAGGAUGGCCUUUCCCCUUACCCAGCCUCUUUGGGCCAUAUGUCAUGAGCCCCAGGCCUGUCUUUCCUUUGCAGGUCAGUUUUGAGCCAGUCUCUGUGGCUAAAGAACUGUGCUGUCCCUGGGCUCCAGGCAGCUGCAGUGAAACCUGGAGCUUUCACACCAGAGUUCAGCCUAGGUGGGAAAGGGCAGAUGGAAGUGGCUGUCCCACGGGAGCUUGGAGCUAAUAUGACGCACUCCCUUUCCCCAAAAAGUGCAGGCUUUCCUGAGCCUGAGACCAGAUGCUGGCCAAUUACACAGCUUUCUGCCCACUGUGAAGUCUCCUCCUAGAGCAAUGACACAGAGCAGUGCUGUCCUUCCUGCCUCUUCUCCACAGUUCCUGAAUGGUGCUAAGGAUCUGCAUCAGCUGGGGAAAAGCUAGAGUUGGAGAAGGCCUCAGUAUCCAGUGGGAUUAUGAAAACUGCAAGGGGGUCCUUUCCCCCUCCUCCGUCAGAGAGGUGCUCUGACCCAGGGUCAUGUGGGAGAGCCCCCACAUGCAAAUUCCCUUGAUGAUUCUGUGCCCUUAAAGGUGAACUAUCUCGUGCCAGCCAGCUCAAAGGUCCGUUGCUGCCCCUUGGCUCUACUAGCCCUCUCUUUCUCCUCGUGCAGGAGACCAGGUUGCUGUGGUGCUAGCCCUCUUCCAUUAUCUACCAGGGGACUCCUGGGUACCAGGGAAAGGAAGGAGAGCUGGUGCAGGUUUCUGCAGUGAGGAAACAGAUGUUCCCCAGGCCCCAAACCUAGAUUUCUCCAACUCUUCUGUGUUUUAUGGCCUGGGAUUUCACUGGGAGUGGAUAUUUCCUUGUAGCUUUCAAGCAGGAAUUCCAAGGAGUGUCACCAUCAUAGGACCCCCUUCACUGAGUCAAAGAAGCCCCUUAGCUGCUCUCUUGGCCUCUUCCCCCUCAAACUCCCAUUGCCUAUCCCUUUGCCUGUGAAAUGCCUUUAUGUAUUGUGUAUGGGUGUGUGUGCGCGUGCUUAUGCUCUGUCUCUUGAUCACUGAAGCAUCUAAAUAAAGAAUUUCUCCCAUGAGCCAGACUGCAAAUUAACAAACCUGGGAUUUGGGGCCAUAUUACCGUUGGAUCUAGUAUAUGUGUCUUGACCCCUCACCCUCAACCCUCUCAGACUCCCAGGGCUCUAAAUACUGAUCUAAGAAGGUGGGACCAAGAUAAAUAUCUAAAUUACUUGGCAACCUGUGGAAGCCUUCCCGGGUGCCCUAAACUUAAUACAACCUCAUCCACUUAUCCAUCUCCCCCUGUCACAGAGGGUCUUAUGGGGGUUCUUUAGAAGGUUUAAGCUGAGAUCUACUUUGUUUGAGUAGAUCAUUCUGGCUGUUAGGUGGAGAAGGAAUGCAGGGGAGCAGGACAAGAAACAGACAAGGAAGGCAAAAUGUAGGUUGUGUCCAGUAUGGCUCUCUCUAGGCUAAUCCCUUCAGGGCAGAGACCUAGCCCCUUUCAUCUCAACUUCUCUAAUGUGGAGUGGUGUGUCAUGAAGUGUUUGUUGAAUGAAUGAAUGAAUGAAUGAAUGAAUGAAUGAAUAUGAGGAAAGAUGGCCUUUUCCCUCACAGCUCUUACUCAGCACUAGGUUUGUACCAUGGACUUAAUAGAGAUUCUUGAAGGAAGCUUUUCUAUGACCCAGAAAUGAGCUAGGGAAGCAGUUAGUGUGACGGCCUCAGGAGUCUUUUGUUCAACCUUAGUUUCAGGCAGACAGCCAGACCUAAGGAAGGUUCCCAGGCAACUUCAGCUCCUACUCUUCACUCAGCAAGCUGUUCUUGGGCACCUGCUUUUGACCAGCAGGGAAAGGCCCUAUGCGGCCCCCAUGGUGGGUUCUCAGCUUUCAGCUUCCAAAGUCCAGACUGUCUCAGCAAUUUCCCUGCAGUCCUUCUAAUUUAUCCGGGAUAUUCGAAUCAGCCUCAUCUAUCACACAAGGAAAUGAAGGGCAGAGAGUGGGUGGGCCGCCAUAUCAUGAGCUUUGGCCUGCAAGACCUUAGUCUGGAUUCAGGAGUCCCUGUUAGCUGUGUGCCCAGCCCAGUUAGUAAGAGGGCACAGGGAUGAACACUUUCUUGCUCUUGGGAAGCUCACAUCCUCUGAGAGGUCUUUAUGGCAAUGGUCUGAGGGUCCUACAGGGCACAGCAAGAAUGCCCAGGAUGCAGGUCCUAACUCACCUCAGGGUAUGAAAAAGCUGGAGAGGUUGGGAAACUUGCAUUUGAUCUGCAUGAUAGCCUUCUGAGGUAGGUAAUGAUACUCCAUUUCAUAGAAAAGGGUCAAAGUGGUGUAGUAUUUUGCCCAACGUCCUGCCACUAAGAAGCAACAAAAUGGAGAGUAGAAUCCAGUUAUCUAGAUUCCUAGUCCAGAACCCUUUCCAUAAAGGACCAGAAUCCUUCCCAUAUAACCCCUGGGCAUGCCUCACCCACCUUCUGGCAGGGCCAUGGGCUCAUAGAAGAAGCAGCCACAAAAUAGAUUGGACAGGGGUCAGUGGUUACUUUUUAUUCCAAGCUCCCCCAUAGUUCUCAUAAUUUUAUCCAAGAUUCCCAGUGUAUUACACUCCAGUGUAUAACUGUAAGAAACUGAAAUCAAAGUGGUUAGCUAAACAAGGAAGUAUAUUGAUUCACCUAAUGAAAAAUUUCAGUACAGAGAUGGCUAGAUCCAGGUUCUGACACAUGUCAUCAGGAAGAAUUUAAUCUCACUCUGCUUUCCUCUGUGUGGCCUCUUUCUCAGGCCAACUCCCCCCAGAAGGCAGCAAGAUGGCCACUGGCAGCUCCAGGCUUGUCUCCUGUUGGAGAGGCAGCUCCGUUGGAAAGAUCUUCUUUCCUACUAGUUCCAACAAAAAAUUCUGGGAUUCAUUCAUUAACCAGCUUGGCCCUGUUCCUAUUCUUAAAUCAAUCACUGCAACUAGGCUCCUGAUUUGGGGACUGAGAAAGAGUGAGCUCCACCUAAAACAUUUGACUGAAAGAGAAAAGAGGAAAGUAUGGGGCUCCUUCCAGAUUAAGGGAGAAGAAUGGAUGUGGGUGGGUAAAAAUAACUUAGCCAUACCCAGAAAUUGUCUGGAUUUGAAAUACCACUUUUUCCCUAACUUCUUGAGAUUUAGUAAUGUGCUCCAAUUUUUAGAGCACAACUUGAUGAAUCCUUACAUGUAUGUGUAUAUCUGGGCAGUCACCCUCCAGAUCAAGAUACAGAACGUUGCCAGCUCCCCAGAAGUUUCCUUUGUUCCCCUUCCUAGUUAUUAUCUCCCAGAAGUAAACACUAUUUUGACCUCUACCCCCAUAAAUUAGUUUUGCUUGCUCUUGAAUUCUAUAAAAAUGGAGUCAUACCCUCUUUUACUCAAUAUUCUGUCUGUCAGAUUCAUCCAUGUUUGUGUGUGUGUGUGUGUGUGUGUGUGUGUGUCAGAAGUUCCUUUUUUUCAUGCUCUGUAGUAGUCCAUUAUAUGAAUAUACCACAAUCUAGCCAUUCUGUUGAUGGACUAUUGGGUUAUUUCUAGUUUUGAACUAGUAUAAA